AUGGGUUCUAUUGAAAUUCAAAGCACAGAACCUGAGGUUCUCACCGUUGAUGUUCUUGCAGCCAGGUCUCUCAUCCAGACCACCCAUGUUUAUCUUGACGUCAGAACGGUGGAAGAGUUUCAGAAAGGGCACGUGGAUUCUGAGAAGAUCGUUAACAUUGCAUACAUGUUUAAUACACCUGAGGGGAGGGUGAAGAACCCAGAUUUUCUGAAGGAGGUUUUGUCUCUUUUCAAGAAAGAAGAUCAUCUCAUAGUGGGUUGCCAAAGUGGAGUGAGAUCUGUAUAUGCAACUGUUGACCUUCUGGCAGAAGGGUUUAAGGAUGUCUCCAACAUGGGUGGAGGUUAUCUGGAUUGGGUUAAAAAGGAAUUUCCUGUCAAGAUACAUGCCACUGAAUAG